AUGACCAAAGCUGGACUUUCACUAUCACUAUUUGGAUUGAUAGUUACGUUUUCAAUCUUUGCUUUUAUCAAGCAACUAAGAGGCAUUCGCAGCUUUGUUCAUGCAAAUUUAUCAGCGGCUUUGAUAGCUGCAAUAUUUCUAUUCUUAUUUGGUGCUGAUGCUAUAGCGAAUCCGCUUUUAUGCAGAAUUAUUGCAAUAGCUUUGCAUUUCCUCUAUCUUGCUGUCUUCUUCUGGAUGUUAGUUGAAGGCAUUAUUACUUAUAUGUCGUCUGCAAACUACAGACACCAAAAGAAGCAUUAUUACCUUUAUUUGGCGAUUGGAUGGCUCAUACCUGUAUUCAUUGUUGGAUUAUCCGUGAUCAUGAAAAUGGAAGAUUAUGGAAGCCAAGAUUCGUAUGUCUAA